UGUAUUUUCUUUUAAUGUCGUGAUGUGUAAAACUUCAAUUAUUUAGUAAGUUUGAACUUCAAACAGUGCAGUCACGUGUUCUGUUUUUAUGGCUGUAUUUUUUUGUUUUAUUUUUUAUGUUUUAAUGAGCACAUCACAGUAAUCUCUGAAUAAAAGAACAUGAAUAAAUAAAGUUCAUCUUAUCUUUCAGUGCGUCAUAGCUGACGGGGCAGUCAAUUCUUGAAUCUUGAAUCUACAAUUACAAAGGUACCACCAGACAAAAUCAAAGACACUAUCUUUACAGCAUCACCAGUGUCUGCCAAUCACUGACCUUUGUAGUCCAAAUUAACCUAAAUCUAAAUACAAAGGGAAGGACAAAGGACAAGUGCCAUAAUAAGAUGUGCAUAUAAAUAUUCCUAAACAGCGCAGCAUCAACGGCAGCUCCUCAUCCUUCUCUGAAUUUACUUCACAAGCCAAGAACAAUGAAACACAGUUCAGCCCUGCUGCUGCUGCUGCUGCCUCUCCUGCUGCCUCUCCUGGGGACAUGCUCAUUUUACCGCUAUCAAAAUGUGGCUUUGCGUGGCAGAGCGACUCAGUCAAAGCGCUUAGAGGGAUCGCAAGAUGCGUAUGGCGCCGCCUACAACGCCAUUGAUGGAAACCGUGAGUCUGCGUUAUUGUCCGGUUCAUGCUCCCACACUGCAAGCCAAACCAGCCCCUGGUGGAGGGUGGACCUGCUGGAGUCCUACGUCGUCACCGCCGUCGUCAUCACCAACAGAGGAGACUGCUGUGCAGAAAGGAUCAACGGGGCAGAGAUUCGCAUCGGCAACUCUGUACAAUACAAUGGUGUUACAAACCCACUGGUUGGUAUAAUUAGUCAGAUCCCAGCGGGAAAGUCUUUCAGGAUGUUUUUUGCCAGACGUGUGGAGGGACGUUAUGUGACCGUGGUUCUACCUGGUGUAGACAAGACGCUCACACUCUGCGAAGUGGAAGUCUACGGUUACCGUUCCCCAACUGGAGAGAACCUGGCAAUCCAAGGAAAAGCUACGCAGUCGUCGCUGUAUGCUACAGGCAUCGCAUAUAAUGCCAUAGAUGGGAAUCGUGGCACCAACUGGGAUCAGGCUUCUUGCACUCACACAAACUAUAACUUAAAUGCCUGGUGGCGAGUGGACCUGGGCAAAACCUUUAAGGUGUUCUCUGUUACCAUAACAAACAGAGAUACUUACCCACAAAGACUCAAUGGAGCGGAGAUCCGCAUUGGAAACUCUAUUUCAAACUUUGGCAACGACAAUCCCAAGUGUGCUACUAUCUCAAGCAUGCCCGCAAGUUUCACCCAAACCUUCGAGUGUAAAGGGAUGGAUGGUCGCUACGUCAACAUCGUCGUUCCUGGAAGAAGCGAGUACCUGACCCUGUGUGAGGUGGAGGUGUACGGCUCCAGACUAGAUUAGGUUUGAGGAGGUUCGGUGACAUUUAAAGUACAGAUGUUUAACCUGUACAGACUAAAGAUGGAUUACCGAUCAAAAGCCAGAUUUAAUGCAUGUUAUUUGGGCUGUAGAAUAUGAAUUACGACAGAUCCUGCUGUCUUGAGUCUAGCUUAUUGUUCGUUUAAAUUGAGCUCUUUUCUUUUAUAGUUCUUUGUUUUAAAUUUUCUUCAAUAAUUGAGUGACUGUUCAGUGAAUAAAAUAUCAGUAACUUCAGUAAAUGAGUAUGGGGUCCACGCAGUCACUCUUCAUCGGAGCAGGUACAAACCAAACCUCUGUCCUUCUUUAGUGUCAUGUGUCCUUUUGAACACAGCGGUGAGACUGAACACUGGCAACUAUCUCCACGUGCAACACCUUUCUCGUUACUCGUGAUCAUUUCAUUCAGUGUGCUGUGAAUAGAGGUGCUGCAAGGUGUUAGCAAUCACGAUGCAGGAUGUAGUUUGUGGUGCUUUUGAAUUGCAAAGAUUUGCAUGUUUGUAUUUGUUUAGAAUAUAUUUCAUUUGGUCUAAUUUUGUAAAUGAGUUUUAUUUGAAGAUUUCUAUUUCGUUAGUUAAAUAAACUGAAACAACAGA